AUGACUUCACCAAGUGCCAGGGAGCCAACCCCUUUCACGCUGCCUGUCAGCGAGCUCAUGGCCAUGACCGACGACCAACUGACUCAAUUUAUGAAGAAGCACCGUGAUUCAACGGGUAUUUACAGCCUUCCUGUUGAUGGAUGGGAGAAACUGUCAAAGGACGAGCGCGAGCGUCUUGCUAGCAGGUUGAAAUGCAAGGGGCGAGUUAUCUCUCUGCACAGUGAGCCCAACUCACAGCCGCUUGAUCUCGAUGAUCUCGAUGCGCGCCUACGUCAAGUCCCGCCAAAUGGCGAUUCCACCGCGUCACAACCUCAACCGCAAUCUCCAGAGCAGCCCAGACAGGGAUCCCCAAGGACCAAUCGUCGAAUAAGGAGCAAAGAAGUCGAAAGAAUAUACUACCAACAGCUGAUCCAAGACGGUGGCCGCCCACUCUAUCCCAUCGAGCUAGUUGACGAGGUGCUUGAGAAGCCUGAGGAGUAUCGCGAGCUGAUACAGCCCUUGCAAAAAUAUCCUGGAGACAACCAACCCUUUGACAUUUUUCUAGAACAGAACGAGAGGUGGAAGGACUUUCGCAAGUGGCAAAAGGAUAACCGAGGACUCGAGGACGAGAACGACACCUACGACGCUCAUGUCAAAGAGGCGACGUUCUGGGCGAAGCGAAUCAAGCUUGACUGGGCGCGAGCUGACUUCGAGGACAAGUUGAAGAGGAAUCCAUUGUGUCUCGAGGCUGAAUGGAGGUACGAAAUGAAGGCCCGCAACCGCCAGCGGCUCCGGUGUCGAGAGCGCGAUUGUAACGGUUUCGCCGACUAUUUUAAGGCCAUGAAGCGUCGUCUCGCUAGUCAUGACAUUACUCAACCCUUUGAACUCAAGGAGGAUCCCACACAGCAAGACCAGCUCACCACAUGGAUUGAGUAUCUCGGCUACGAAUAUUGGUGUCUUGAUGAACACGCCGGGGAUAUGGAACGCCUGGCCCCGAAACACGACGAAGCUUGGAAAAGGCUCGUCGACGCCAAGAUCAUCGGACCUCACGAAGCCAUAGACGGCAUACGCUCCAUGGGAGGCUCACUCCAACGUGAAAAUGACGCUCAACAAGCUCACACCGAGAUCCGUACGGCGAAAGCAGAGGCCCAAAGAGUCUACAACUUGACCCAGGAAUCCCCAGAGCGCUUCCUGAUUCCCGAGAAGCAACGGGUAGAGAUGCUGAACAAGGUGUCCCGGGAUGUCGAGCGUGCCGAACGGCGUCAUAAAAGAGUCAAGGUUCGAAAUGACAAAGUGAGCGCUUUUGUUAGCGGUACGCAUGAAUACGCUCGUGCGAAGAUGAAGUGGACUUGUCACAGUCUUUAUGUGCAGUGGGUUCUGAAGCAGCUUCCGUUGGUUGAAGCCGAGAUGGCGCAGGCCGAGGCGGAAAAGUCUCGUGCGAGCCAGAACAAGGGGAAGAAGCGAAUGCUCAGUCCCCAAGAAGAGUCUCCCGCAGGCCCCAGCCAGAAGAGACAGAAGAUGGCGCAAGGAUCGCUUUCACCUGCAGACGGCAACUUGAAUAAACCAGCAGAGGGCACGGCGCAGGGGAAAGAGAAGGCCCAAGGUUCGAGGCCGACCAAGGCGGCUCGGAAGCGUUCGUGUCGAUCUGCAGAUUCCUCUUCACUUCCACCAGGUGGGCUUCGUCGCAGUGCACGCAUUGCAGCACGUCAACCUCCUACCCAACCAGAACCACGUCAAUUGCGCCCGCGACCAACGAAGAAGCCGACUAGAAAGUCAGAGACCAGUACUGGCGUGAAGGGAAAGAAAGGUGGCAGAGUAGGGAAGAAGAAGUCUGGAACCAAGACCAGGUCAAAGACGAGUCGUCGUUGA